AUGCUGGGGCUCUUCUUUCGAAGAGCCGCUUCUGCCGCGAAAACGACGAGAGAAAGGUCGCUGAAUCUGUCGCUGCCGGGAAAAGGAGGAGGAAAAGGAAAGACGACGAGUUUUGGGAGUUCUCAUCAUCAAUCUUCGAAGACGUUCCAUUCGUCGUUCUUCGGAGAUGCGAAAGCGUUUUCGUUAUUCGCGGCUCGGUCGGGUUUCGUGAGAAAGAACAGCAGCAACAACACGAACAACAUCAGAGAGAGAAGCAUAAAAAGAGAGUUCUUCACGCGAGGCGAACGAGAUUCGUAUGAUAAUUAUUAUUCGCGGGGGGGAUAUACUACGACUACGAAUGAGAGCAGAAGGGACACCUCUGUGGUGUGGAUGCUGAUUGGAGCGAAUACCGCGGUGUACUUGGCGUGGCAAGAACCGGAGAACUUUAAGACGAUGAGGACGCAUUUUUUGGUCUCGGAGAGUUCUUUGGCGAACGGGUACUGGCACACCGCGUUGACGGCGGCGUUUUCGCACAACUCGUUCAAUCAUUUGUUCGGGAACAUGUUUACGCUGUAUUUCUUCGGCAGAGAUGUGGCGUUGGCGUGCGGAGGAGCGUAUUUGCUGAAUUUAUAUCUCGUUGGUGGCGUGGUGUCGAGUUUAGCGCACGUCGGGUACGAGAGGUACGAGAGACGGAAACGUAAACCGCACGUUGGAUUUUUCGACAAGAGAGAACACGAGAGUUUCUUCUCGUGGUUCGACGAGCGCAUGGAUAAAAUCGCGAGGUUAGCCGCGCCGGCGAGUUUAGGCGCGUCUGGAGCGGUAAACUCGAUCAUUGCCAUGAGCGUGAUGAUGAUGCCACACCGGAAGAUUUAUUUGUACGGAAUACUUCCGUUGGAGUCGUGGGUAUUCGGCGCGAUGUUCUUGUUGAGAGACUACGCAGGAUUAGGAACUCAAGACGGGAUUGGACAUUCGGCGCACUUAGGAGGAGCCGCGGUUGGUGCUUUGGCAUUUUUGUUGAGGAAUGGCAGAAUGAUACGAUAG